AUGGAUAUCAAAACUCAACGUUUUGUAGCAGACAAGCCUUUAAAGAUUUGUUCUUCAAACUAUUCAUCUGUUGAAGUCCGACAAGUGAAAUCUGGUGUAAUAUGUGCCGCGUUGUGUGUGCAUCAUCAGUCAUGUUGUUCUGCUGGUUUUAAUAAACAAACUGGAGAAUGUUUUCUAGAUCAUGCUUGUUUUCCAGAAUGUGUCCCAUCACAGAAUGCAACGUUCGUAAAAAAAGUAACAUCUAAAACUGAAGAUUACGAAACAACAGUCUCUAAAAUCACAAGCGAAAAGACAACAAAGAUUGCCAUAACGAGCGAAAGAGCCACCCAAAGUGCCACAACAAUCGAACGAACAACAAACCAUGACACAACAAUGGAGAAACUAACAAGCCAAAAACAAACAAGUAACGGACCUGACUGUAGUAGUGUUACUGUUGGAAGUUCUAGUGGUGUUUACACAAUAUAUGUUGACAAUCAACCUCUCGAUGUAUACUGCGAAAUGACUGGUUCUGAUCAAUGGACGGUGUUUCAAAGAAGAAUAGAUGGUUCAACAGAUUUCUACAGAACUUGGCAGGAGUACAAACAGGGAUUUGGGAGUGUAAAUUCGGAAUUCUGGUUAGGGAAUGACAAUUUAUAUAAGAUCCUAUCUACAGGGAACUACAAACUACGAGUUGAUCUAGAAGACUGGAACGGUGAAAUACGGUACGCUGAAUAUGAUACGUUUAAUGUAGGCAAUGAAGCUUCAAACUACGAACUCACUAUUGCAAAUUAUAUUGGAAAUGCUGGAGACAGCCUUACUGCACCAGAUGUAUCAUAUCCACCAAAUGGAUAUGGGUUCUCGACAUGGGAUAAAGAUAAUGAUGGAUCAUUUCUUAUUAAUUGUGGAAAAGUAGAACAUGCUGGCUGGUGGUUCAAUUGGUGUACUCAGGGCAAUCUAAAUGGGAAGUAUUACAAUGGUGGAUCGAUUGAGAAUGACGGGAUAUACUGGGAAGCUUGGAAAUUCUCACAAUAUUCUCUCAAGAGUGUAUCCAUGAAAAUAAAACAAGUGUAA